AUGAUCAAGGGGAUCCUCAUCUUCAACAACCACAGGAAGCCAUGGCUGUCCAAGUUCUACCAGCCUUACAGUGUAGAUAAGCAGCAGCAAAUCAUCAGGGAGACUUUGCAUUUGGUGUUUAAGAGAGAUGAGAAUGUUUGUAAUUUCCUAGAAGGAGGAUCAUUAAUUGGAGGAUUUGACAACAAACUGAUUUAUAGACAUUAUGCAACACUGUAUUUUGUCUUCUGUGUGGAUUCCUCAGGAAGUGAACUUGGCAUUUUAGAUCUAAUUCAAGGGUUUGUGGAAACAUUAGACAAAUGUUUUGAAAAUGUCUGUGAACUGGAUUUAAUAUUCCAUGUAGACAAGGUUCACAAUAUUCUUGCAGAAAUGGUGAUGGGAGGAAUGGUCUUGGAGUCCAACAUGAACGAGACAGUUACACAGACUGAUGCACAGAAGAAGCUGGAGAAAUCUGAGGCUGGCUUAGCAGGAGCUCCAGCCCGUGCCGUAUCAGCUGUAAAGAAUAUGAAUCUUCCUGAGAUCCCAAGAAAUAUUAGCAUUGGUGACAUCAGUAUAAAAGUGCCAAACCUGCCCUCUUUUAAAUAA